ACACCAGAUGGGCUUUUGCCCAAGUAGUCAAAUAUCCGACCAGAGUGACACUUGCACUUGAACUGAAAAUACUGCUCCGCGGGGAGUCAAAUAUCCGACGGCUGUUAUCUUCUCUCAGCUCGAUCGUGCCGUCGUCGUCGCUCCUCCGCUGAACCUCCUCGAAGGCACGGGCGCUCCACCCGCCACCACCAAAGAUCUCCUCCGCCACGCGCGCCCCCCCAUGUCGACGACCACCGAAUCGCCGGGUCAGGUCCCGAAUCCGGACACGCCCGAGCCCGAUCACCUCGCCGGAGCCGUACAGCUGGAUCCGCUCCUCCAGUCGGGCUGCUUCAUCGAUCCCGCCGCCGCCUCCGAUGGCGAAACCCUAGCCCCGGGCGACCGACCGGACCAGAGCUCCAAUGGCGCCGCCGAGGAGGCGACCCCGAAGAGGCCGAGCUCGAACGGGGCGGAGGCGGUGCCUCCGACACCGGAGAACGCCCACUCAGCCGAUGAUCCUUGGAGCCGGCGGAAGACCCGCGGGGUGCUGGCGGAGACGCCGGAUUGGCUGCCCGCUGGUUGGUACGUGGAGGAUCGGGUCAGGACGUCUGGUGUAACAGCUGGAACGAGAGAUAAGUAUUACUGCGAUCCAGUGUCACAUCGUGUAUUUCGCUCGAAGAAAGAGGUACUAUACUUUCUUGAAACGGGAUUAUCCCGGAAGAAAAGGAAGAUGGAGAACGCUGAUGCAAAUAAUGAUGGGGGGAACUCCAAUGCUAAUAAAGCGCAAGCAGAUAGCUCUGGAGGCCAAAAACAGAAGAAAGCGAGCCGAGCACCACCCCUGGCGCCGCCGAAUUUUGACUGGAACAAUUGCCCCGAGCAGGUACAAUGGGUUCUCAAAGAUGCUUCGACCAAUACAUGGAUUCCCUACAUUAACAACGAGGAGGUGCCCGAAUCGAUCCGCAAAGAAUGGGCUGCUGCAUUGGAGUACCUUAAAUACAAAACUAAAGCGUGAUGUUUCACUGCAAAAAUUUCGGAGGCUUGAAGUCGAGGUCUUUCUGUCGUUUGGGGCUGGGAAACUCUUGGUUUAAAGACCCAAAGUUUCUCGAGCACUUCCUUUUUACCUCGUUGACAGUCUUGUAUCUUAAGUUCAAUAAUUUUGUUCGUGCUGUCAAAGGAUAGAAUAUAUCAAAGUGUUCUGUUAAUGUACUUAAGUUCAAUUUCG